AACCUCAAGGCGACUGGAUUGCUGGUGUGAUUAAGCACAUGAUGAAGAAUGGUUUCACCAAGAUUGAAGCUACGCCGGAAGCUGAACAGAACUGGCGAGGAAUGGUCAUGGGCAUCUAUGACAAGCUCCUUAUGAAGAACGCUAGGGGCUGGUGGAACGGAGCUAACAUUCCUGGGAAAGCAGUGGAGGUCUUGAGCUUUCCGGGGGCAUACCGACGUACUUCAACAAAUGUACCGAGGUCGUGGAGAACGGGUAUGAAGGAAUUUAAUCUUCGCCAUUCACAUCAUAGUGUCUCCACGACCAGCUUAACGAUUCAUAGUACGGUGUUUGGGUACACUACGUAUCGUAGAACCUAG